AUGCGCCUCAACAGCACCGCACCCGCGCCCCCCAGCCGGACAGAACCAGGUUCUUUCAGUUUGGAGACGUCGGAGGGUGGAGUGGGGGACCGGGCACUCCUGGCCCCGGGCUACAGCAACAGCACUGCCAACUCGUCAGAACGGCUCCUCACCCCAGACACUGACCUGGACGUGAAUACAGAUAUCUACUCUAAGGUGCUGGUCACCGCCGUUUACCUGACGUUAUUCGUGGUGGGCACGGUGGGGAACUCGGUCACUGCCUUCACACUGGUGCGCAAGAAGUCGCUGCAAAACCUGCAGAGUACAGUCCACUACCACCUGGCCAGUCUGGCCCUCUCUGACCUCCUCAUCCUCCUGCUGUCCAUGCCCAUCGAGCUCUACAACUUCAUCUGGGUCCACCACCCUUGGGCCUUCGGUGACGCCGUGUGCCGGGGUUACUACUUCCUUCGAGAUGCUUGCACUUACGCCACCGCUCUCAAUAUCGCCAGCCUCAGCUUGGAGCGCUACAUGGCUAUCUGCCACCCGUUCAAGGCCAAGAGCAUCAUGUCCAGGAGCCGAACCAAGAAGUUCAUCAGCUGCAUCUGGUUCCUCUCCUUCCUGCUGGCCAUCCCCAUGCUCUUCACCAUGGGCCAGCACAACGCCAGCACAGAUGGCGACCCCAACGGCCUCAUCUGUACUACGAUAGUGGAUACUUCCACGGUGAAGAUCGUCAUGCAGGUCAAUGCAUUCAUCUCCUUCCUAUUCCCAAUGGUGGUCAUUUCAAUCCUGAACACCAUCAUUGCUGACCAGCUUACCAUCAUGUUUCACCAGGCAGCCCAGCAAAACCAGGUCUGCACAAUUGGAGGGCAACAGACCAUGCUUAGUAUGUCCAUAGAACCCAGCCGUGUCCAAGCUCUAAAGCAUGGAGUUCGAGUCUUGCGUGCAGUGGUCAUUGCCUUUGUAGUCUGCUGGCUGCCCUACCACAUUCGUCGUUUGAUGUUCUGCUAUAUCCCGUCUGAUCACUGGUCCCCGUUCCUCUAUGAUUUCUACCACUACUUUUACAUGCUCACCAAUGUCCUCUUCUAUGUCAGCUCCACCAUCAACCCCAUUCUCUACAACUUGGUGUCAGCCAACUUCCGGCAGAUCUUCAUUUCCACCCUGGCUUUCCUCUGCCCUCCCUGGAGAAGAAGGAAAAAAAGGCCGAGGUUCUCCAGGAAGUCCAACAGCAUCUCCAGCAACCAUACCUUUUCCAGCAAUGUCACCCGGGAAACACUCUACUAG